AUGAACCCCUCGGCACGGAAGAAUGGUCUCACUCCUAAAGUAAGGGAUCCCUGUCACUGUCCCUCUAGGGAUUUGACUAGCAAGGAAAAUCAUUUGCUGGUCGUUUCCUUAUGGCAUGGACUUUUCUUCCCCUCGAUUGAAUCUACGGCACCACAAAAUUCUCCUGACUCUCGUCAAAACUCGUUACCUAGCAAGAAUCAAACAAGUGAGGAAGAAGGUGUGCGGAUGGAGAGCAAGGGAGUCCUUCGACUGCUGGAGGCAGUCGGGUAUUGUGGCGCUCGCAAGGUACUUGUUCAAUUAGAAAACGCCCUUGCAUCGGAUUUGGGGAACAUGAAUAACCCCUCUUCAGAUUUGGCAAGCCAGGUCCUAUCCAAUGUAGGUCUAAGAAGUGAUAAUAACAUGGAGAAUGGAUUAAACGUUGAUUUCAACAAAAUACACAAACUUGGCAUGUCUUUUCAGCGAUACUUCUUUGUGUGCGCUACCGAAUACGCAAUGUCAAAAGGUGGUCCUCAGCCUGUCCCUUUAAGACAAGAAGAGGGUGAGCCUGAAAUCAAUCUUACUCCUCUUCAAACUGUCCUUCAGGCAGCUUUGGAUAUGCAUCAACAGCAGCGCCCAAUUCCAUCAGCUGAAUGCGCAGAUGAGCUUUAUGGGUGGUUCUCGCAAAUUGCACACGCUAUCAUCUGUAAGGAGGAAGUUAGUACGCGGGUCAACAAAGAAAUGAAUCAUAUUGAAGCAGUCCCUCUUUUAUUUGAGCUGACCUCUAUCGAGGGGGAUGUUUCUUCCUCCGUGAAGACACCUGGCUCAGACGCUGGGGUUCCAUUUCAAGAACAAUCAUGGCUAAAACGUAUUUUCCACGCCUCUAUGCUAUACGGCGCACUUUGUGUCUCCUCUAGUUACACUGCUGUUCGACCGCUGGCAGUGUUGCUCACGGCUUACAUCUUUCAGGACUGUCCCUCAAUGAAAACACGACUCCUGAGCAUCACCUGUCCCACAAGUUCGACGAUAACAACUUGUUCAGAACAUUUUGAUGAUGAUUUUUGGCGUGUAUUGACACUCACGCGCCUUCGCGGGGUAGUCGCGGGGGUGCUAGAGUUCACGUUACGGCUUCAGGAUGCUGAUGUCAUUACUGUACGUCGUGCUGUUGAUCUACUUAUGGAGGAAAACGGAAACGAUUCCUAUGAGAUGUCCUCGCUAGAAGGGAUUUCUCCUGAACCCGGAAAAUCCUUAGGUGUGCUUCAAUCAGCCGUAAUUCUUUUGAUGCAACUAAUCCAGCGAACCGUGGAAUGGACCACGACACGAUGUGCUUUAGGUGCUGAAGGCGUUCCCGAGCACGACCCUGAUUCAGGAGCAUCGUCGCUAUCAACUCGCGUCUCCGAGCCCAUCAUGGCGGCGAAGGAGAUAGUUCACGAGAUUCAAGAGUUGCUCUUUGCAGUCGUUCUCGGUGCAGGAACGCUGCAGAUGCCCAACCGCCCAACAUUACCCACAGCGGCGAAGCCACUGCCCCCACAUGCAAAGAAAUUGGUCCACCCGAAAAAAGGGCUUCGAAAGACCCCUUCUCUUCGAGCGGUCGAAGAUGGCUGGAUGGUUGUAACGCGACGUGCCCUGACACUCGGCGAGGCAGACGCUCUCUGUGAGGGGCUGUUUCCGGCGUUAUUGCAGCAACUAGGUUGGGAGUGGCCGUGGUCCGAGCUGCUUCGUCAGUGCCGCAUGCUCGACAAGCAGCAGCAGGCCCCCCCCUUCCCAUUCAUUGCUUGGAGAAGCUGUCAGCUGAUCGACACCGUCCUCAUGCGUGUCGCGCAGCGCACGUACCCUAAGCGUCUGCAGUAUGUCCUGCCUAGGAGUUAUCAUCGCCUGUUGGACGCGUUAGACCUCUCUCCCUGUGCCUCGACGGGAAUCGGUGAGGUCGCUGGCGAAGGGAGCCUCUCCUCUUCCCCUCCGGAGCUCUUUCCCAUGCCUCCGUACUACGCCGAGGCGGGCGGGGCUGUGGUGGGGUACCUUCGCCUCUCAGGGCUGGGCGGGGUGCGGGUGGGGGAGGUGGAGCGGGUGCUGUCCCAGGCCACGCGGACCCUACCGAUGGUCGUCCGUCUCCGCGCCCUUGCCCCGCCCUCCCCUUCCCAGGAGGGCUGUGACAACGCGGGGGACGGGCGGGGGGCGCGGGCCCUUCUCUCGGUAGAACGUGUGGAGGAGUUGGAGGCGCGGUACCGUGCGGAGGUACUGUUGGCCUCGGUCGUGAGCUACACCCAACUCCGUGUGCCCAGUCAGGUGCAGAGCCUCAUGCGGACCUUGGCCCCGCUCUUCGACAAGCUGUCCUCCGCGUGCUGCCGGAACUACGCCUCGUUUACGUCAUCCAUUAUCAUCCCUGCUAGUACCAACGGCACCUCUCGGUUUCAUAUCAAUGACGGGGACGGUAACAACUUGGCCAGCGUCACAUCCGCCUUCGGCCUGUGCUUCACAAAGGAGGUGGAGCAUCUGAUCAACAGGAUAGGCUAUCAAUUUUACCCCUUGGAGUGGAUGCCAGCGGUGGCGACUGCGUACUACGAAUCCAUAAGCACUGCCUCUUCGAAUGGAAAUAACGAUACUAGCGCCGCGAGCCGAUGUAUCGCUUCCUCAGCACUUCCCUACUCAGUGUUCGCCGCGGUCGCGCACCAAUUCGGCGCUAACUUUAAUAUCGCGCUAGGUAGCAGUGGUGAGCCCUCGCAGCGGCACCCCGCUGGGGCCCCUGCCACGCUUGUGGUACCAUCCUUCAUGACCUCUAGAAGCAGUGGAGUUGGUUAUGUCGACAGUAACCUCAGGUCGAACAUAUCAGACCACAGCGUCAACAAAGUGGUACGCUGGAAACGUGCGGAUUUUUUCUUACAAGUUCUUAUGCUGGACUGCUUCUUGUGCUGCAGGAGCUCUUCUUGUGAAUUGGAGGGCACGAUGGCGGUGGCUGGGACGCGACGGGUUCACACACCACCUGGAAGCGCCGCAGCUGGCCAUGAGAGCACUCUCUGGAGGGCGGCUGGCAACCUUCGGCCCGGCAUUUUGGAAGCGUUUUGGACUCAGGAAGCUUUGUGCUCGCCCUCAGUAGGUAAAGCUGAGAUCAACACGGAAGCACCGGUGUCAGGUGAUCGGACUAAUUAUGGUAAUAUUCCCUCGCUAAAGCGAGCUCGUCGGGAAGAGGAGCAAACAUCUUCUUCAGUAGAAGAGGAUAGAGAAGCCAUAAAAGGACUGGUAGAUGUACUGCUCAGCUACGGUGCCGCCUCUUUUGAAACCACAGUCGAGUCUAAAGAUAUCAUUUUGGUUUUGAUGCAAUCCUUUCUUCCCUCCACAGCUUUGGAGAAUGACGGAGGGAAUAAAAGUAAUUACUCCAAAGCUCGUGCUGAGGAGAAGACCUCGACCCAGUUUCUGCGGCAGGCAUCUGCAUGGGCCCAGGAAAUGGUCGGCUCGCAGGCGGAGCAUUCGCGGGUGCGAAUGCUACUCCGACAAAAAUUGCAAUCCCCCCAGACUUCAUUGCCUGCAUCAUCGCACCAUUUGAACCAGAUUCAUAGCGUUUACCAUGCAGUGUUUAACAGCUGCACCUGGGAUGCAUGCAGCCCCGCCCGCCGUAUAUUUCGCCAAGUUCCAUCACGCCUGCUCGAGAAAGCUAAGCUUCGGCGUGCGAUUACGGAUAGUUUGACAAAGUGGCGUGAUGCUUGUCUUCAGGACAAGCUCGAUGCAAGCGCUUCUCUUGAUCUCAAGGUCUCAUCCCAAGCCAAGGCUCAUGGAAUUCAAACUAUUAUCGCUGCUGUCGAUCCUCUUUUACGAUAUCAGUGGCUGCAGUGGAAGGCCAUUAUAGGCAAGCUUGACUGGAAACCACAAGGGACUGAUGUGGAGUUCGCACGGAACUUUGCUAUGCAUCCUUCAGAGAUCCCUGACCUGAGUACCGCUCAAUGGUUAUGGUAUUCUUCAUAUUUUACGCAAUCGUUGUGA